AAUAGUAGAAAAAAGGGCUUUUGAAUUCCAAUUUCGAAUCAUACAGAAUAUCAAAGAGUAGUUGGACGGCAGUUCUGUCUUUAGCAUCAAAACCACUUCUCCAAAACAAUGUAGUAGUUACCAACAAACGUUAAAGACAAAAAAAAAUUGAUUCUUUUCAGUUCUUUACACAAAAAUAUCAAACCAAAUGGACUGCUUUUGUCUCAUGUGUCAUCUGUUUUCUGCUGCUAUAAAAUUCUGGUCCUUCUCAUUUCAUUCAUCUAUUUCUUUGUAAAGUUUCAAUCUUUUUGCUCUAUGGCAGCUUCAAACUCUUCAUUUGAUCAGACAUCAGCAGCUGUAGCAGCAGAGGCUAAGGAUGGGGAAGAUUUCUCAUUUCAUGUGUUCUCGUCCUCCGCCGAGUUACUUGAGAAGUUGCACGAGAAGUGGAAUUCAGUGAAGCAGCAACCUUAUCCGGCUAUGUAUUCUAGUGUCUAUGGUGGAAUCAUUCUUGAUCCAGCAAUGAUGGUUAUUCCAAUGGAUGAUCACAUGGUGCAUCGAGGACAUGGCGUCUUUGACACAGCUAUUAUUUUUGAUGGCUAUCUGUACGAAUUGGAUGUCCACAUUAACCGCUUCCUUAGAUCAGCAUCCAAAGCAAGGAUCGCGUCUCCAUUUACAUUUUCAGAACUUAAAAGCAUUCUUAUUCAACUUUCUGCAGCAUCAAAGUGCAGGAAAGGCACUCUGAGAUAUUGGUUGAGUGCAGGGCCUGGGAACUUCUUACUCUCCCCAGCUAAAUGCCCGACAUCUGCAUUCUAUGCUGUGGUGAUUGAUGAAGAUUUCGCACAAUGCAAAGAAGGUGUAAAAGUGAUGACUUCUACGAUCCCCAUGAAAUCACCUCUUUUUGCCACUAUGAAAAAUGUGAACUACCUUCCCAAUGUACUCUCCGUAAUGGAGGCUGAGGAUAAGGGAGCAUUUUCAUCUAUAUGGGUUGAUGAAAAAGGUUAUAUCGCUGAGGGUCCAAACGUGAACGUUGCUUUUAUAAAUUCUGAUAAGGAGCUUAUCUUGCCUAGCUUUGAUAAGAUCCUAAGCGGAUGCACUGCUAUGAGGUUUCUUCAACUCGCACCCAAGUUGGUCGAGCAGGGACGUCUAAAAUGUGUCAAAAUAACAGACAUCACAGUCGAAGAGGCCAAAGAAUCGGCUGAAAUGAUGUACGUUGGAAGCACACUUCCUUUGUUACCUAUCAUCAUGUGGGAUGAGAAACCUAUCGGAAAUGGUGAAGUCGGAGAACUGACAAUGGCACUCUCAGAUUUACUUUGGGAAGAUAUGGCAGCUGGUCCGGAAUCACAGAGAAUUCCAGUUCCAUAUGCAUAAGAAAUCAAUCUCAAAUCGAAGAACAAUGCUGAUAGAGUAUGAUCUAAACGGAUUUGUUUUGCAUGUUGAGCUUCUCCAGCAUUGCAUAAUGUUGCUUUUCAAGUAUUGAUCACUACCUGAAGUGACUCAACUAAAUAUCUUGCAAUGUAAUGGUAGUUGGUAGAUGAACUCUUUUCGAGUUUUAUGUUUGGAAUAAAAUUACAUUAGACAAAUCUGAAAACGAUUUUCAUUUGAACUUAAACAAAUGAAACUUCAAAACUGUAUCAUGAAGUUUAGAGACGAAUCUAGAAUUUGAAGUUUAUAAGUUUUUA